AUGGAAACCUCGACUACAACUUCAAAUACGACCACCCAGGUCUUUGUUGAAGAAUCGGACUACCCGUCAGACCCUCCCAUGUCGAUAGCCCAACAUGACAUACUCCAGAUAACUCUCAGCGGGCAGGGACUUGUGCUGACUAUUCUUGCUCUCAUCAUCGGCAUUCAUAUUCUGCAACCAUCGCUCACCUGCAUCUUACUUGUCCUGGCUCCGGUGCCUUGGAUCAUCCAUAAUGACUACUCGAACUUCCUCAGUCUUGGACCCGGAGGGACUCCUUCCACCUUCCUCGGAUACCUCAAAAUCACAUACCUUCGUCUCUUUGCCCUGUCGGAUCCCUACACCCCAGCAAGAUUUUCCGAGAAGAUUUAUCCUGCGACUGGUUAUUACGAACGAACACAAUCGUGGAUCCCCGAACGCACCGGUCCCCGUCCGAAGGUUGCGGGCAUUGCUCCUCAUCGUCAACUUGAUCAAACUGGUUGCACCAAGAUGAACCAACUGCUCCGAACCAGCCUUCAAAAUCUUGCCAUCAAGCACCCCGACACCUUGAAAAUCGGAACCUCCUGCUUCGAAAAGAAAGGAUUGGCUCUUUUCGCCCGAGAUCCAAUCAAUGUCACCUGCCGUGGAGAGAUCUGUCACAUCCAUUACAGUGACCUGAGUAUGCACAUGAACCUCCACCCAGAUGAUGCCAAGGUCGUUCUCGAGAAAGGAUGGGGCGAGCGACACCCCCUAGCCCGUGGCGGUUGGUUGAAAGCUUACGUGCCCCAGGAGUUCAUCAUGGUUUAUGCCCCCCGAAAUCGCACUGAGCUGGAAGUGGUAUGCCGGGUUAUCGAAGCUGCUUGCUUCUGGGUGGGUGGCGAAUGCUUCGAUCUGAAGGUUGAAGGCACGCUUCUCGGGGAACGGGAGGCUGAAGCUGGGACAGAUUUUCAAGUGAAGACUUGCGAUGCAUGA